AUAAUGUUGGAGUCGAGUUUAGACACUCCCACAUCUUUAUGGAUAUUUUACUCCUUCAUAUUCAGACAGUCUAGUUUGAAAAUAUGUUAUAUAGACCUGAACUCAGACUGAAGCUUUGAUAAAACAACUCAGAGUCUCAGCGUGUGCAUAGCUGGAGUACGAAAACAGAGCGCUCUCUAUUUCUGGACAUGUGCAGUAGAAGUCCCUUCAUACAAGUGAACAAACUACAGGCUUUCUGUAAUCUAUCUUACAUCGAUCCUUCUGCACAAAUGGCCACUAAUAGACAAAGUUUUAUUCCUCUCAGCACAAUCAGUCCUAAAUUUCUACAUUCUAAUUCCACAAGUCACACUUGGCCCUUUAGUGCCAUAGCUGAAUUAAUUGAUAAUGCAUAUGACCCGGAUGUUCACGCGAGACAGAUUUGGAUAGACUGGACACGCAUCAAAGGCCUAGACUGUCUCUCUUUUACAGAUAAUGGGGUGGGUUUGACCAGAGCUAAACUACAUAAGAUGCUCAGCUUUGGAUUCAGUGAGAAGAAAGCAGUUAGAGGUCACAUUCCAGUCGGCGUUUAUGGUAACGGGUUCAAAUCAGGUUCCAUGCGUCUGGGGAAAGAUGCAAUCGUUUUCACCAAGACCAGAGACACAAUGAGUGUGGGUCUCCUCUCCCAGUCUUACCUUGAAGCCAUCGGAGCCCAGCGAGUCAUGGUGCCCAUCAUCACGUUUAGACGUGACGGACAUAACCACGUGGAGGAUGGAGCCAGUCUGAGAGCGAUCCUCAAGCAUUCACUCUUUAGCUCGGAAAAAGAGCUGUUCACAGAGCUCCGAGCCAUCAGCGCCACCGGCCCCACAGGAACACGGAUCAUCAUAUGGAAUUUGCGCACGUCCACAAAUGGUGAUACCGAAUUUGACUUUGACACCGAUAAAUACGACAUACAGAUCAGAGCAAACUUCAUCAAUGGGAGGGGUAACAGCGGUCUCAUCAUGAUCCCGGAGAGUGAAUACUCAUUACGGGCAUACUGUAGCAUUUUAUACCUAAAGCCUCGCAUGCAAAUUAUUGUUCGUGGGCAGCGAGUUAAAACCCAACUGAUAUGCAAAAGUCUGGCUCUUAUCGCACAAGACAACUACAGACCAUCAUUCCUUAACAAGCGAGUACGGAUCACCUUUGGCUACAACACCAGAAGCAAAGAGCAUUAUGGGAUUAUGAUGUACCAUAAAAACAGGCUAAUAAAACCAUAUGUGAAAGUGAGCUGCCAAAGUAAGACUGAAAGGAAAGGUGUGGGAGUCAUUGGCGUUAUUGAGUGUAAUUUUCUCCAACCCACUCACAAUAAGCAGGACUUUGAUGACACCGAUAAAUACAGGAAGACGAUGCACAAUCUCAGUAUUAAGUUGGAGGAGUACUGGAACGAAAUCCGCUACAAGCGAAAGAAAGAGGAUCCAAAGGGCACAGUUGCAAUAGAAGAUGUGUUGAGCUGUUUAGUAGAAGAGGAACUAGAUGAUGAAGAGGAAGACCAGAAGCCGUACCCUAAACCAUUUAAACGCCAGCGGAGAAACACUGUCAGGAGUCUGUCUGAAGAGAAUGAACCAGAGAAAACACAGACUGAGGACAUUCAGGCAGAGCUAACAACCAGUCAUGCACAACUCACCCUGUCCAGACAGCCACCAGACUUUGGCCAAUCUGAGUCAAACCGAUCACUAGCGGACAGGUCACCGCUGCCCCUCAUCAACCUGACCGCUAUCUCCAACACUCUUAGAAGAGCAAAACAACGGUCAUCUUCCAUUGAAACACAGACUGAGGUGUCGUCAAUCUCUUCUGCCUCCCUUCCAGGCCCACAACAAGAGCUCUCGUCUCAGGAACACCGCAGGCCUGCUUUGAAAGAGGAGAGAAAGAGUCAAUCCGACACACUUGUGAGCAAAGCUGAGAACGGCAUGAUGAAAGGAUUCGAGUCGCAUCAGGGGCCUGCCGCUACGGAGGAGAUGUGCGAAGGAGAUGCAUCAUUCAGGACGGGAGAGGAAUACAGCUCGGCUGUGGAGGAGAUAAUUGCAUCGCCUCUGAAAAAUGAGAAGAGAGGAGUAUUGCAUGACGAGAUGGAAGAGGAUGAGGAAUGGAGCAUGGCAGAGGCGCAACGGUGGCAAGAUGAGCCGAUGGAACUGAUGCAGAAGGCAGUGGAAGAAAGAGAUGCCUGUCGGGAGGAACUGGAAGUGCUUCGAGAGCACGGUGCCGCUCUAGAGGCUGAAAGGACUCAGCUCAUCAGCAGGCUGGAGAUGGUAGAAGCAGAAAAGCUCAGUCUUUCAGCCUUAUGUGAUCAGCUCAAGAGUGAACUAUCCAAGCUCGCGGUGGAAAAAGAUGAGCGGUCGACGCUGAAGAGACUGCGUGUAAACCUGAGCCACCUGCUGGUGUCUUUCAUCCCCUCACUUCAUCUAGAAACUGUGGACUAUAACAGUGAUGUCAUCGAUCAGAUGCUCAUUCAGGUUCUAGAAAACAUUAAGUAGAAAAUUGUUGUUGAUCAUAAGAACAUUGAGAGUCACGAUGGGAUAAAAGUGUUUUUUUUUUGAAAGUUGAGAGAGAAGGCAGCUUUGCAACGAGUGGGCGUGGUUUCAGCACUCAAGUCCAAUUUAUAGUCGUGCGUAAGGUCUACACCUGUAGCCUCUGCGUAGCCUGACAUGCACCUCGCCAAAUUUUUAAGUGCGCUUCAGUUCUAUGCGGACCACAAGUGCUGUGAUUGGUCCACUAGAUAUAGAUAUUUCCAUUUGCAACGGUGAGAACAAAGAUGGGCCAAGUUGAGAAUUGAUUUAACUCAAACUGCAAACUGCACUAUAACCAGCCCUUUACGGCGGACACGCCCCCAGCACUUAAGAGAAGAGAAUGCUGCUUCUUUUACCCCAAAUUUCAUAACUUAUUUUAUUCAUUUGGUGUUUUUUUGUCAUUCAAAUGUGGCUGGGUGGUUAAUAACACAUUUUUCUGUGGUGUGACAAACUCAGAACACAUAUUUAAUAUCACUUUACACAGACAGACCGAUUUCCCACUGUUUCCUUUUGGUUUUAUAAUGCAGUGACAUUCAUACAUUUUUCUGUUUAAUUGUUGAAAUACGUUUUGAAAUUACAGUAUCUGUUAUUGGAGUGAAGAUUUAUUAUUGUUCUUGCUCCAAUUGUGAAAUGUUCGAUUUUCUGAUCUCAAGGAUACAAUUUUAUUCAAUGACACUGUCACUUGUAACAGUUUAGGAUCGAAGUGUUGAAUCACAAAACCAAACUUUAAUUUAACAUAGAAUAAUAAAGCACUCCAACGUAAUUUUGCAUGUAAUACUUGUCC